GAGCCAAUGAGAGGACAGGACUCUCUUGCUGUAGCAAAGGAAGACGCGUCCAUGUAACGGGACUCCUCACAUCUGCGUUUACUGCCAUCAGACACAAAGCUCAUGCGCACGGAAUCGAGUGUAAUAUCAACUUUAAGAUGCAGUUUAUGCUGCUCUUCAGCAGGCAGGGGAAGCUGCGGCUGCAGAAAUGGUACGCGCCGCUGUCGGACACCCAGAAGAAGAAGAUCUCCCGGGAGGUCAUUCAGAUGGUGCUGGCACGCAAACCCAAGAUGUGCAGUUUCCUGGAAUGGAGGGAUCUGAAAAUAGUCUACAAAAGAUAUGCCAGCCUGUAUUUUUGCUGUGCUGUGGAGGACCAGGAAAAUGAGUUGAUAACCCUGGAAAUCAUCCACAGAUACGUGGAGCUGCUGGACAAAUAUUUUGGCAGUGUGUGUGAACUGGACAUUAUCUUCAACUUUGAGAAAGCUUAUUACAUUCUGGAUGAGUUCAUACUGGGUGGUGAAGCCCAGGAGACAUCGAAGAAGAACGUGCUGAAGGCCAUAGAGCAGGCUGACAUGCUGCAGGAGGAAGCCGAGACACCACGUAGCGUUCUGGAGGAGAUUGGGCUGACAUAAAUGAGGAGAAUUCAUCCUACCCAAACACUUACACACAUCUUCCUUUCUUUUUUUUUUCUGUGGGCAUUUCUCUACAUUUGUAUUUUAGGUUAGCUUGCAGGCAAAAGUAGUGUUUGAAAUGAUCAGCACUUUGUAUUUCUGCCAAACAUCCAAGGGAAUCCAGCACAUUGUGGUCAUCUUAGUUAUGCAAAUUUCCCAUAGUGCUCGGCUGUUUGGAUUCAGGUUUGGAUCAGUACAUGUGUAGCAAAGUUUAGUGUCAGCAUCCCCACACUUCUCUGUAGAUUUGAAGCAUUACCUCUCACCU